AUGCAUUUCUCAAUUCGUGUGGCAUUGCCUGUCCUCGGUGCUUCAAUCGCCCAUGCGGCGAUUGCACCGAAGCCUAUCCCUCCUCCUUCAACAGCUGCUUCUAGUGCGACUUCUGGCCAGUCAACCUUUCAGCAGCUAAUUGACCACAAAAAUCCGAGCUUGGGAACAUUUUCUCAACGUUACUGGUGGAACUCGGCCUGGUGGAACGGAGCGGGCGCACCGGUGGUCCUUUUCACUCCCGGAGAAGAAGCAGCCGAUCAGUAUACGGGAUAUUUGACCAACCGAACUAUCACUGGUCUCUAUGCACAGGAAGUCAAGGGUGCAGUGGUUAUGCUUGAGCACCGUUACUGGGGAGACUCAUCACCGUAUCUGGAGCUGACGACGGAAAACCUGCAACAACUUACCUUGGAGAACUCAAUUGCGGACCUCACAUACUUCGCAAAGAAUGUCGAGCUUCCAUUUGAUACGAACGGUAGCAGCAAUGCUCAGAAUGCGCCAUGGGUCUUGAGUGGAGGGUCUUAUAGUGGUGCCCUAUCCGCUUGGACCGAGUCUACAUCCCCGGGAACAUUUUGGGCGUAUCAUGCGUCCAGCGCACCCGUCGAGGCCAUCGAUAACUAUUGGCAAUACUUUACACCUGUCCAAGAAGGAAUGCCCAAAAACUGUAGCAAGGAUGUCAGCCGAGUUGUGGACUACCUCGACAAAACCAACCAGUCGGGAUCGGACAAGCAGGUCCAGAAACUGAAAGAAAUGUUUGGACUUGGCGAUAUAGAACACUUUGAUGACUUUGCCAGUGCCUUGGAGAAUGGACCGUGGCUAUGGCAGUCCAAUACCUUCUACACUGGUUACUCGGGCUUCUUUCAGUUCUGCGAUUACAUUGAGAAUGUUGAGAAUGGGACCGGUAAAAUUCCCGGACCGGAUGGGGUGGGCCUUCACAAGGCGCUCCAAGGUUAUGCGAAAUGGUUCAAGAAUGUUUACUUCCCUGGCUCAUGCGCGAACUAUGGGUAUUGGUCUGAUCAAUCGACCACUGCGUGCUUUGAUACCUAUAAUGCGUCCAGCCCUAUCUUUACGGAUAUUUCGGUGAACAAUACCGUUGACCGACAAUGGCAGUGGUUCCUGUGUAAUGAGCCAUUGUUCUACUGGCAAGAUGGCGCACCAUCUGGUGUCUCCAGUCUUGUGUCUCGCUCCGUCAACGCCGAGUAUUGGCAGAGACAAUGCUCUCUCUACUUCCCCGAAGUGAACGGUUUCACCUUUGGUAGCGCCAAAGGCAAGACCGAAGCAGAGGUUAACUCCUGGACGAAGGGUUGGUCUCUGACCGAUACAACCCGGCUGAUUUGGGCCAAUGGACAAUAUGAUCCCUGGAGGUCGUCCGGUGUCUCCUCCUCUUUCCGCCCUGGAGGACCACUUCAGUCGACCGAUUCCGCCCCAUUGAAUGUUAUUCCAGGAGGUUUCCACUGUUCCGAUCUUAUCGUGAAGAACGGUGCUGCAAAUGAGGGCGUCCAGAAGAUCAUUGACGCUGAAGUAGCACAGAUCAAGACUUGGGUCGAUGAAUAUUAUAAAAAAUGA